ACAGUCAUUAGUUCUGGUUCUCCUCUCCACUGAACAACACCCAAUUCCCAGCAUGGAUUUCUAUUAUUCUCCUCGUGGCAGUGGAUGCCGCACGGUUAUCAUGGUGGCCAAAGCCCUUGGGCUUGAGCUGAACAAGAAGCUGGUGAACACUUCGGAAAAGGAGCACCUGAAGCCGGAGUUCUUGAAACUGAAUCCUCAGCACACCAUUCCCACACUGGUGGAUAAUGGCUUCUCCAUUUGGGAGUCCCGGGCCAUCGCUGUCUAUCUGGUGGAGAAGUACGCUAAGGACGAUUCCCUCUUCCCCAAGGAUCCCAAGAAGCAGGCUCUGGUCAACCAGCGUCUCUACUUCGACAUGGGCACCUUGUACGAGUCCUUUAUCAAGUACUACUAUCCACUCAUCCGAACUGGCCAGGCCGGAACGGAGGAGGACUUCAAAAAGAUCGAGAGUGCUUUCGAGUUUUUGAACACGUUCCUUGAAGGCCAGGACUACGUGGCCGGUGAUCAUCUCACUUUAGCUGACAUUGCCAUCGUCUCCAGUGUCUCCACCUUUGAAAUCAUGGAUUUUGACUUCAGCAAGUACGCGAAUGUGAGCAGGUGGUACGCCAAUGCCAAGAAGGUGACUCCUGGAUGGGACGAGAACUGGGAUGGACUUCUACAAUUGAAAUCAAUUGUCGAGACCAAAUGGGGUGCAGCGAAAUAAUUAAUGUAAAAUAUUUUAAUUAAUUAUGUAUAUAUA